AAAUUUAAACCACUCUCUCCACCUCCGCCCUGUGAUAUUGUUCCAGUUAAAUCAUGUCAGACCAAGCUUUGCUGAUACUGUAUGGAAGUCAGACUGGCACAGCCCAGGACACAGCCCAAAGGAUUGCCCGACAGGCUAAAAGGAGACGACUGCAGGUCCGGACCAUGCCUCUUGAUGGCUACAAUAUUGCCACAUUGAUCUCAGAGUCCACUGUUGUCUUUGUGUGUGCCACCACUGGCCAAGGAGACCCACCAGACAAUAUGAGGAAUUUCUGGAAAUUCAUUUUUAGAAAAGCUUUGCCUGCUGGUUCUCUGUGUCAGCUGGACUGUGCUGUGCUGGGCCUGGGAGAUUCCUCUUAUCCAAAGUUUAAUUUUGUGGCUAAAAAGCUUCAUAAACGCCUUCAGCAGCUAGGGGCCUCAAUGCUGCUCCCUGUUGGGCUGGCAGAUGACCAACAUGAGCUCGGGUCUGAUGCAGUGAUCGACCCUUGGCUGCUAUCAUUCUGGCAACGGUUUUAUACUCUGCAUCCUUCUUUGAAAGCGUUACCCUCAUUAAAAGAAGAUGAAGCGCUUCCUCCGACAUUUUCUUUUAACUUUUUAGAAGGUGACUCUGAUGUGGCCUCACUAGCGACCCCUGCAGAGCAGACCAUGAUCUCUUCAUCUUGUCCUUUUUCUGCUAAACUUUUGUCCAAUACAAGAGUAACUGAUGUGUCACACUUUCAGGAUGUGAGAUUGUUUGACUUUGAUAUCACUGGAUCCAACAUAGAGUUUUCUGCUGGUGAUGUGGUUAUGAUGCGCCCUUGUAAUGCAGCAGAGGAUGUGCAACAGUUUUGCCAGCUGCUGAAAUUAGAUCCUGAGUCCAGAUUUACUCUCAGUCCAACAGAAAGCACACCAGUUCCAGCCAGACUUCUUCAGCCCUGCUCUGUACGAUACCUGGUGGAAUCAUACCUGGACAUCGCUGCUGUGCCUCGCCGAUCCUUUUUUGAGUUGCUUCUGACCUUUGCCACCAAUGAACUUGAACGGGAAAAACUAGCAGAAUUUAGCUCUGCAGCUGGACAGGAUGACCUACAUGCCUACUGCAGCCGACCACGACGCACCGCACUGGAGGUCUUGGCUGAUUUCCCACACACUACUGCUGAAAUCAAAGUAGAUUAUCUUCUGGAUUUGUUUCCUGAAAUCCAGCCUCGGUCUUUCUCUAUUGCGUCCUCCUUAAAGGCUCAUCCAAACAAACUCCAGAUACUUGUUGCUGUAGUUCGUUACAAGACAAAGUUGUACAAACCCAGAAGAGGCCUGUGCUCAAAUUGGUUAGCUUCACUUAACCCAGAAAAAGAGGAGGUGUAUGUGCCGCUAUGGGUGAAAAAAGGCACACUUAAGUUUCCCAAAGACCAGGAUACUCCAGUCAUAAUGGUAGGGCCGGGGACAGGGGUGGCACCCUUUAGGUCCGCCAUACAGGAAAGGACAGCUGAAGGAAAAGAGGCCAAUGUUCUCUUCUUUGGGUGCCGAUCCAAAUCUAAAGACUUCUAUUUCAAAGCUGAAUGGGAGGAGAAGAUAAAGGCUGGACAUUUGACCCUCUUCACAGCUUUUUCACGAGACCAGGAAAACAAAGUGUAUGUUCAACAUCGAAUACGUGAAAAUGCUGAACUCUUGAUGGACUUGAUAGCCAAUAAAAAUGCAUGCUUUUAUAUUGCUGGAAAUGCCAAAGAGAUGCCCGGUAGUGUCCGUGAUGCUCUGAAAACCAUUUUUCAGCAGCAAGGCACAGUCUCCAGUGACGCUGCAGAGCAGAUGGUGGUUGCAAUGGAGCAGUCAGGUCGGCUGCAGAGUGAGACCUGGUCCUGAUCAGAUGACCUUCAACAUGAUCUGCUUUUGGGAUAUGUUUUAUGCAUUAUUUGCUUCAUAGACUUUAUAGUUGACAUGAUGGUGCGGUAAUUAUUGUCAAUGUGCACAGAAUAAUACUUGACUGCCUUUUAGUAUUUUAUAAAAAAUUCCAAACCAGAUAAAACUGAUUAUCAAUGGAACAAUUAAAUGGAAGAAUUCUUUAAUAUGCACUGUAUUUCAUGAAGAACAAGUCUACAUCUAAGAUAAGGGUCUUGGAUUACUGAUUAUGGGUGUCAUUUUGAAAACUUUUAACAAUAUCAGGCAUGUUUUGAAUUGUUAAUUGCUAUGCAACAGUGGUAAUUUUCAUCACUCUGAAAUCCAUGGAUAACCAAAUAUUCUUUAUUGUUUUAUAAUAAGUUAUAGGCUUUGGUAUUUCCUCAAAUUUUCUAAAAAUAAACAAUGAUGUACAGUAAAUGCAAAAGUCCAUAAAACAGUUGGUUGAUCGGCUUUAUAAUC